ACGUGAUCUCGCCCCGAGUGCAGAAAGUGCUGUCGAGGGGAAAACGAGGUGUCGCUUUUCGGUACUGGGAGGGGAUUACGCCUAUUCAAACCGUCCAUGUGUUUUUGCGCGCAGGCGUUUUUCUUCCCGCAGGCACGGUGUGCGGACGACUGUUUUUUUCCGCGUCCUUCCUGCGUGUUUGGCUACCUGUUCGUUUCCGGCAUUGUGCUGUCGACGCCCGGUGUCGCUCGUCGUUCAUCGUCGUGUACGCUUUUACCGCGUGCGUGAUGCAAUCACAUCUUCUACUCGCCUAAGCGACUGAAAAACUGUUUCCUGCGCAGGAUCUCGUUCCUCGGAUACUACGUAUCGCAUCGGACUGAAGGAAUCGCGAGGAAAAUGGCGACGGAUCCAGAGUACAUGUUAUACGUGACUAACUUGCCAAUAGAGUUGAACGAGGUUGCCAUCAGACAAAUAUUUAAUGAAUAUGGCACAGUCACCUCAUUGAUGAAGCUUCCUUGUGCUACAUGGGCUUAUAUUAAGUACGCAUCGUAUGGCGAAGCCGAUAGUGCAAUUCGGGAACUCAACGAUAAGAAACCAUUAAACUUGAAAGUGGCACUUGCAAAGGAUUCUUUCUCUCCGGGAGAGGAAUUGAGGCCAAAUGCAUCUGUAGUUUUCGAAAGAUCAAACUCUGCAGGCUCGCCACCUAAUCACAACGAUGGAAAAUACCAGAGUAUAGGUCGUGGCCAAUCAAUAAAUGUACCACGCGAGCAUGUGGUGCAAGUUGGCUUACCAUAUAGAUGCGUAGACUACGGAGCAUCAGCAUCAUCUUUACCUUAUCCUCAUACACUUGGCAUACAUGAAGUUGAGGAUCGUUACGCGAAUACAAGUCAAUUGUGGUCAAGGGGUGUAAUAACUGUCACGCCUGAUGGAAAGAGACACGUUUCUCUUGGACGUGGCUAUACACUGUAUGAACUUCCAGAACCGUAUCCUAAGAUUGAGGAACAUAUUUCCAAAGUAUACGAACAACGAAAUAAGGAAUUAUAUCAAUAUUCCGAAGAUAAGCUUAAGAAUGGGGUUAAAAACUGUUCCGUUUGCUCUACCAAAACAAUGAAACAUUGCGAGAAGUGUCUCACAUAUUAUUGUAGCAAAGCUUGUCAAUUGGACGAUUGGUCACGUCAUAAGGCGGAAUGUGAACGCAUCCCGGCGUUAGUGGAGGAUAUGAAUGAAGGUAUAUCAUCGUUGCAAAUUAAUCAAGAUGUAAGUCAAACAAGGAGAUCAUCAGUAGCGAAUGUAGUUAAUAAAACUGCUAAAUCUAGUGAUGUGAAACUGCGACGACCUAAUACAUUAGUAGAAAACUCUCCAAAUACAAGUUCAAAUAUCAAUAUGCAUAAGAAUAAGACAGAUGUUGCUUGUACUUCUAUGAGCAAUGGUACUCGACCCAAACAUUCAACUGAUCAACGUGAUAAUGGUAUUGCUGUACCUCCACCUAAGAAGACAGACAAACUAGUCGACGUAACAAACGUCAAAGAAAAUUUUCAACCAGAUAUGUUGCAUAAAUGUAGCAAUGCAAAUGAGAAUUCCGAUCAGAUGAGAAAAAACGGAUAUCCUUCAACUAGCUCCGUUAACCAAGAUCGUCAUAGCCGUAAUUAUCAAAGUGAUUCAAAUAGGUCUAGUUUUAACAGAGAGAAAUGUAAUAAUGACAAAGUAAGAGACAAAACUUGCAACAAUAGAAAUUAUUCUCCUCGAGAAAACAGCUUUCCAAGUAACAAAGACUCUACUGGCUACAAUGGCAAAGAAAGUACUGAUGGACAAGGACCUAGUACUGCCUCAGUGAAUAACGACUUAGCGUUUUAUAAAGAUACACAUUUGUCAAAAACAAAAUUUACAACAGUGGAAGUUGUAAUACCGCUAGGUAAUGGUGAAUAUUGGAUAAACAAGGUAGAGGAUAAAACUGCACGUGACAGCUUGAUGGUAAAGUUACAAAAAGUUGCACAAGAAUCGCGCAAUGUGCGGCCAAUUAUCGGUGAAAUUUAUGGUGUGCUCUAUGCCACGGUGUGGCAUAGAGCCAUCAUUACAGCUUUAAAUCCGAUAAAAGUCCAAUUCAUAGACUACGGUAAUGAGGAGAUACUAAGAGAGGGCGAUGAGAUCAGAGAUAUAGGAGAUCUCGUUAAAGCUCCUAAAUUUGCUCGAAAAAUUCGCUUGACACGAGGCACAAGUGAUAAGUAUACAGAUCUGCAAGAAACAGACGAAAUGUCUGUUAGAAUGUUGUCUAUAGAUUCUGAGAAAACUAUAACAGUAGAAGUACAAGAACAAUCGGAAAGCUCAUCUCCGCGAACAAUGGAAAGUCCAUCAAAUAAAACAGUAAAAAAGUUACCGCAAGUAGUACCGCAAGAAGUACCGCAAGAAGUACCGCAAGAAAAUUGUCAAGUGUCACAAGAUAAAGAUACGAAAGUUUCUACACUUCAAAUACCGAACGUCUUCGAUGCUUUGGCUGCCACGUUUACACACAACGCACUUCCUCAAUUGGAAAUUAAUGGCUUGAUACAAAUUAGUGAACUUAUGCAAAAGAACGUUUACAGUGCGAUGUUAACGCCUGAGACUCACAAGGAUGACGUUAUGAUGCUUCUCGGCGAUUUGCAAACUGAAUGCUCAGAAGUGCAAACAACUGCAGAUUACAAGCCAAAAUCAGAGGAAUUAGUUUGCGGCUGGUUUGGUGAAUCUGAUGGCUGGGCUAGAGGAUAUGUUUCGGUAUGUUCCGAACCAUCAUCCAGCUUGUCCAUUAUUAAAAUAGAUGAGGCAAAAGUUCAAUCGACAGAUAAAAUUGUGCCAUGUCCUAAAAAGUAUCACGAUAUUUGUGCCUUUGGGGUAAUAUGUGAAGCAAAUCAGUCAAUCCAAAUAAAGAGGGACGAAAAUGUGUACAACUUCAGAGCAGUCUUGAAUGAGAAGAACUUCAAGCAAGAAAGCCUUAAAAUAGAAAUAGCGAGUGAAACGAACCCUGAAGUGUUCCAGGUUGUGGUGAGACCUUGGAAAUACACGGACUUGUUGAACUCUUCUCCCUCAGUUGAAUUAAAAAAUGGCUCCAAGAUAUGUCUCACAAGUUAUCGAAAUCAUUUUAAUAUGUUCGCACGGUCUUUAGACGAAGAACAAGUAGAUUAUUACAACCAUGUUAUGCAAUCCAUUGCACGAUAUGCACAAACAGCGCCGUAUUUAACUGAGCCUCCGGUUCGUAAACAAAUAGUGAUUGCGCCAUUUGACGAUGGCAACAGCUAUCGUGCAAUGAUUCAUAAAACGGAGAAUGAUAAAGCUACAAUAAUAUACAUCGAUUUCGGCAAUAUAGACAUAGUUGACAUAAAACAGCUCAAAGCCAUGCCCCAAAGCCAUUCACUGAAGCAAAGCUGUUCGGCCAGAAUUACCUUAAAAGAUGUUCCUCAAGACGUACCGAGUAAUCAAGAAGUUGACAUUUAUAUUCGCAAUUUAGUAGGCAAAGAAGUGCCCCUGACGUGCACGUACGACGGUACAAUUAAGGAUGGAGUUUGCUUGACAAUGCCCACGGGGGAAUGUGUUAACGAUAAAAUAAAUGAGCUGUUAAUUCCAGGUUGGAAAAGAGAAAUUGAUGAUAAAAAAUGCUACAUGUUGAGUGAUCUCAGUAUCGCAAGUUUAGGAAACGUAGGUGAAACAGUGGAUGCGCUGAUACUGUUCAUACCGUCUCAAAUGAGAUACAUGAUGGGUCCUUACGAUAUUCAAUUGAUAACGCACAUCAUUGAAGUGAUGUCUGAAAUGCUGUCAGAGUACGCUAAGAAAGCCGAGUUUUAUAUACCGAGAGCGCAAGAAUUGUGUGUAGCGUUGUACGAAGACAAGUGGUAUCGAGCACUGUGUAUUAAUCCUAAGGAAUCUUACACGAAGUCUCUGAUUUCGUUUGUUGAUUACGGAAACAUGGAACUGGUGAAUCAUAAGGACAUACGAGUGAUGCCCAAAGAUUUUAUUGUACCUGCUGCAAUGGCGAAUAUGUGUACGGUUGUCAAUUUAGCACCGGUCGACAGUAAAGGAAACUAUUCGAAGGCUGUGCAGGAGAAGCUGAAUGAGAUGGUGCAAUCAAACUCGUGCGUCAAGAUCAAAAUUGUGGAGAAAAGCAUGGAGGACGGCGAAUAUAAAGUCGAGUUGCCGGUGGUCCGCAGCGCGUUAAUGAAACUUGGUCUCGUGUAGUCUUCGUACAAAUUUUAAUUUACAUACAGCUUUAUACAUGCGAUCUUGUUGCAGAGCAAGGCCACUUUUGGUCGUUAUAUGAUUUGACUAUUAUUUUAAGCAGUAGACAGUAGUCACAAGUAACAUUUCGUUAUAUUUGAUUAUAUUUGACUAUAUCUCUUUUAUUUGACAAUUUCAGUCUGCUGUUAUCAUGUUUUCUUUCACAAAGAGCAGUUUUAUUUCAUUGAAUCAUAAUGUGGUAUUUACGAAGACGUUCUUAUUCUUUUUUUUGCUACUAAAGUUUAGGUUUAAGAUAGAAAGAAAACAUUUGUGUAUCUUAAUAAAAAGAUGACCAUAUAAUAUGGAAAA